AUGGGAAAAGACAGCAAGAUAGACAUCUUGCUCCCCUCAGCUUUGGAUACACUUCCUGGGAGGCUCACUUGGAUCUUGCACUGUGGGGAAUCACUGGUGGCAUCUGUGGGGCUUGAUCACUGGGGAUCAGAAAGAGGUGGAGAAAAGGUGCAGUCGGAUUUUGGUGGAUCACAUUCCUGUUUGGAUCAGUACCUAUGUGGCUCUACCUGCCCACCUGCAGAACCUAGCCAAUGGUUUCUAUUGGCAGUGAAGUCUUUUCUGUGGCUGUACUCAGGCAGGAAAGCAAAUUUACAGCCCAUCCCAACUACUGAACAUAGCCGCUAG